UUGAGUCCAGUCCACAGUCCGCGUGUUACCCUCAGCCGCGAAGCAGGGACGCUCUUCCGCUCGAGUAUAUCGUGAAUCUCAGUUACAAUUUCCGUAAUUGAUUAAAUUCGUUAGCGUGCGUAACAAAAGAUUAUCAACUGUUUGGAGUAUGGCUAUAAUAAAAAUUUCAAUGGAAUAUUAUUGAGUCGAAGGAGUUUUUCUGAACACAGUGUGCAAGACUAAGCGGUAAAUUCAUCCUGUCGGUUGAACCGGAAGAAAGUUAAGAACCUUGGUGAAUAAGAAAAUCGAAUUUAAAAGGAAGUCAGAAUCGUGCAUCAACUAGAUUGAUCCUUGGAUCAAGAAGAUCUAUCAAUUGUGAAUAUAGGAGAGGAGUUAUCAUAUCGACCAAACCAUUUCACAAUGUACGUCACCGUCCGGCAUCAUAUUUAAUUCACGAGCUCUACUUACGCGACCUUAUAAAAUUGGUGAUAAUUACCUGAUCUUUAUGCGUGAUACGAGUACUUUCGAUGGCAUUCACAUAGCUACCAGUAUUCAGUGUCGAAAUUAUUCGCGGAAAUUUUCCCUGGGUAACAAAGAACUUGAGCGCCGUUAUACACGUCACCCACUGACAGGUCCGAUAGACGAUCUAUUUCUAAUGAACCUUUUGUCACUGUAGAAUUCACUUCCACGGUUUGUGAUUGUCUGCAUCCAUAACGUCAUUCCAUUCCUGCUGUCUCUCUAUGAAAUUUAUAUCCAUCUCACGACCAGACCAAUUCCAUUUGCAUCGGAGAUAACAAUCCAGCAGAGGAACAAUCGUCGCGGCAGUCCAUAGAAAUCCGUACGUUUCCACGACGUUUCACUUGUCUCCGACACUGUCUGCUACAACUGCUAGAAUAGCUCAGGGAGCGUUUCCAUAGCACGGACACAAAUCACAUAUCAAAUUAUUCGAGCUGUCAAUGUAUUAUUAAAGUUUUGAAAAUCUCAUUCGGCCGAGUUUCUAAUAAAUAUACAAUGCCAUUGUUCACGGUACUUUUGGCUCCUGCCGAGUGAUAAAUCCACGUAAUUCGUCACCGAUCCUAAAGGUGGCCACGUGAUUGGCCGUAAGAUCGCGUAUCUCCCGCAAAUGUGGCUCUGUGCACGGUGAGCCGAGGUUAUGUUGGCCGGGGGGCACGCGGAGGUCGUACCCGUGGCGAAGCAAGCGUGCGACUACCUUUAAGUCCGCGUACCCUGUGUGCCCCGGGGGCCCCUGGGCCUCAUGGGGCCCAUUCUCAGGCUCAAAGUCAACACACGGGCGCGCCGCCGGUUUCUGGUAUGGCCGGUGAAGACAGCCCGAUGCCGGAAGAGGCCAUGGUACACGUGGAAAGGCCAAUUCAGGCUGGCACCUGGAUAUGCUGUGUGCCCUGUUAUUGGCUGAGAAGAAGCAAGGCUGUUCACAAAGCUCUGCUGACCUUCGCUAUGCUUCUUGUGACCAGUCUACUUGUCACCAGUCCUGUACUCUUUCUCAUUACGACUUUACCCGAGGGAGAUCAACCGCGAGACUGCGCGCCUCUGGACGAGGCUUGUAUCAGAGAACGAGAUGGACAGGAAGGCGUCUGCGAGACGAGGGCUUGUCACGAGGCGUCCCGACGGAUGCUGGCGUUCCUUAAGAGAGGCGUCGAUCCCUGUGAAGAUUUUUAUCAGUUUGCCUGCGGUGGUUUUCGCGAUCGACAACCUUAUCAACCCAGCUCGAACUUCGGCAGCUUACAGGCCCAGGUGGAUGAUCAGAUUCAGAACAUGCUGGCGAACGCUUCUGGCAAGAUGACCGGAGCUUUUUACAAAUUGGGCCAAUUCUACGAGACCUGCAUUGACUUCAAGGAUAAACCAGUGAACUUUACUCCAGUGUAUCGACUCCUCGAUGAGCUGGGGGGUUAUCUACCACCAAAGAGUCUGGCGCCAGUGGACAUCACCCCAUUGGUCUCAGAACUGUUGAGGUUGAACGGGGCACCCCUGUUCGACGUCUACGUCGACGUGGACCUUUACGACCGGACGAGGUCAUCUGUAUUCCUAGAUCUCCCGAUGAAGUAUCGAGGAGAUACGUUUUUUUCGGAAAAUCAGAAGGACGAUGGUCCACGAUGGAGAAGGGCUAUAACGCUAACGGAUGAACAUCCCAGGGAAAGGAGAUCAUCCAGCACUGCGGAGAGCCGAGCGUAUACAUUCAUAAAGAAUAACAUGGAGGAGAAAAGAUCGCAAAGGAUCCUGAAGAUCAUCGACGGUCUGCUACCCAAGAAAAUGAACGACAAGGACAAGGCAAUGGAGACGGAACAGCUUUCGCAAUUUUGCACAGCUCUGAGCAAGAUUUAUCCGCGACACAAGGAUCUUUACAAUUGGAUGGACGUGGACCAGCGCGUAUACGUACCUUACAACCUGUCUCGUCUUCAAGAAGAAUUUGGUUAUAUAAGGUGGAAGACGCUGCUGAACGCCACCCUGGGAGCUGCAACGCCAAAUUCGCAUAAUAAAACUCAUAAUCGGGAUCUACAAGAUCAAAAUCUUCUAUUGGACGACGAUCGAUUUCUCUGCGUUUACGUGACGGCUCCUCACUACUUUCACGGACUUGGAAAAUUGCUGAAUCGGUUUUCACGACGAGUCGUGCACAACGGGCUAUUGCUACUUUAUGCCGCGGACACGUUGCAUGACGUUGUGAACGUGACUGCAAGCAAGAAUUGGAACGUCUCGUGCAGCAAUAUGGCCAAGAGCAUGUUUAGCUUCGCGGUUGGGGCACUUUACGUGCAGCAAUACGAUCCUCAGUAUUUGGAUACUAUUGCCAACAGGGUGGAAAUACUAUUCGAACGGAUCAAAGAGACGCUUGCCGAGCGGAUCCUGGUGAAGACGUGGUUGGAUGAAGAAACAAGGAUGCAAGCUUUGCUCAAGUUGUCAGCAUUGACAGGAAAGUUUCACGUAUGGCCUGGCUUUCAUAAUGAGAGUUUUGUGGCUCGUGAAAUGGCUGAGGUGACGAUCGAUACCGAUGAUUUCUUUUCUACCGUGAUGAGACGAUUUCGACAGAUUCGUUCUGUGAGUGGUGAAGUUUUUCGAAGAAAUGCUAGCGAGAGGUUCCGUCAUCCGUACUCGGUCAAUGCCUACUACGAGUUAUCUACAAAUUCAAUCGUCAUACCGAUCGCCAUGAUGACAGCCUGGUCCUGGUCUUGGGAUGGAGGACCAGCCUACGCAGCUCACGCCACUCUUGGAUCAAUCGUUGGUCAUGAAAUUUUGCACGCGUUUGAUCUUCAUCAUCGUGGACAAUCUCUGGAUACCGAUCAGUUGCUUUGGCUGACGCCAAAAACGUGGAGAAGAUUAGAGGCAAGAAUCGAGUGUGUGGCGAAGCUCUACGCCCGGAGCUUUUGGCGCAAAGUCAAGUUCUUCGGUAACAACGUGGACGUACAGUUCGAUUGGAACGUGACAAGAAAUGAAAACGUGGCGGACAUAGGAGCUUUGCAGAUUGCUCAUGAAACAUGGCAAACUUUGACCAAUGGAAAGGACCGUACUUUGCCUGGUUUGGAAGCACUGCGGCCAAAUCAGUUAUUCUUUAUAAGCGCUGCCCAAACAUACUGCUCUAAUAUGACUGCCGAGGCGUAUAUCCUCUCCGUUGAACUGGACUAUCACACACCUCAUCCAGAAAGGGUCAAUGGUAUAAUGAUGAACUCAGAAGCGUUCACCGAGGCGUUCCGAUGCCGGGCGAAUGUCAGGAUGAAUCCAUCAGAAAAGUGCAGUACCUGGUGAUGAGAGAAGAAAAAUAAUAGAAAAGAAGAAAAAAAA